CCUUAUAAUUCCCACUCAUUAUCUUUGUUGCUUUAAGUUUUCCUCUUCACAUUUCUCUCUCUCCCCAUAAACCGAAACUACACAUCAAUGCCCAAGGAAUUCCCAAUCAAACACACACACACAAAAUUAGCAAAACAAAAAGAAAUUGACUAUAGUUUGAUUCAUUUCAAUUCAUUCUAAGCUAGAAGAAAAAAACCAGAAAUUUAGGUCAGUCAACUCAGUUUCUCAUAGAAAAAAAAAGAAGAAUUUUUCAGUAGAGUUUUAGUUAUUAAGAGUGAUCAUGGAAGAAGGAGGAGGUGAAGAUCAUCUCCACCAUCACCAUCACAACCACCAGCAUCAUCAGCAACAAUAUCGUCAUAACAACUUCCCUUUCCAAUUACUCGAAAAGAAAGAAGACGAACCUUGUUCCAGCUCCUCCGCAGCUAAUAAUAUUAAUUAUCCUUCGCUAGCCAUUUCCCCAUCCGAUACAAAUACGAAUAUAAACCCUAAUAGUAAUGACCUUCAAAUUACAGUUGCCUCCACUGAGACUUCCAAAAAGCCUGCUCCCAAGAGAACUUCCACUAAAGACCGCCACACUAAGGUUGAUGGCCGUGGCAGACGUAUACGUAUGCCAGCCCUUUGUGCCGCUAGGGUUUUCCAGCUCACUCGAGAGCUCGGUCACAAGUCCGAUGGAGAAACCAUCGAAUGGCUUCUCCAACAAGCUGAACCUGCAGUUAUAGCUGCUACAGGAACUGGUACAAUUCCGGCUAAUUUCACGUCACUCAACAUUUCAUUACGUAGUUCAGGAUCAAGCAUGUCCGUACCAUCUCAACUACGAUCCUCAUAUUUCAAUCCGAAUUUUUCACUCUCCCAAAGGCGCAGUUUGUUUCAGGGAAUCGGUUUAUCAUCGGACAGAUCUGCUACUACGUUGUUGAAUUUUCAUACCGGAAAUUCGAACCCUAGUAGUAUGCAUCAGUUCCAAGCUAAACAAGAAAUGCGUGACAAUUCUUUAGAUUUAACAGAAACAAGUAUAGAAGAAAGUCUUAGCCGGAAAAGGCGACAAGACCUCGACCUUCAACAACAACAAGAACAACAUCAACAGCAGCAGAACGAGCAGCAACUGGGGAGUUAUUUCUUACAAUCAUCGAGUAGUGGGACUAUGCCAACAAGUCAUUCUUCAAUUCCAGCUAAUUUUUGGAUGUUGACGAAUAAUAAUAGCCAAGUUUUGGGAGGCGAUCCAGUGUGGACGUUUCCAUCGGUUAAUAAUUCUGGUGCUGCGGCUGCUGCUUUAUAUAGAAGUACAAUGUCAAGUGGAUUACAUUUCAUGAAUUUUCCUACCCCAGUCGCACUAUUGCCAACUCAGCAGUUUGGCGGUGGUGGUGGUGCUGGUUAUGGCAGUACACUAGGUGGAGAAGGCCAAUUAGGCAUGGUCACCGGACUAAAUCCGUAUAGACCAUGUUCCGGUGUACUGGAAUCUCAGGCGAGUGGAUCACAUUCGCAUCACGGUGGCAGAGGAGGUGGCGAUGAUCGGCAUGAUUCAACAAGCCACCAUAAUUCCUAAAAAAAGUUGUGUGUUGUGUGAUAAAAAGUUUGGAUCGUUAAACACACAAUACGUGAGGUUUGAUUAUAUGCUUGCUCUAUAAUUUUGAAUUUGCUUCUAUUAUUUUUUUUUUCACCUCUUCUUUUUCGUGUGAUUAAUAUUUGCCUGCCGGUUUUUUUAGGGUUUGAAGAGGGAAAUAUUAUUUUUAUUUUUUUA